AAGUUACUAACACGCGUUAUAAUUCUUUUAGCAAAUUAAUUCUUUUAGACCAUACGAUCUGUUAGAAAUUGUUUUCCCAAUACUUAGUAGGAAUAGCACAAAAAUUCUCCCCUUAUAUUUUGAUGUGUUGUUACAUAGAUUUUUACAUAGCCUAACCUUUGCAUUGUGAACGGGGUAUAAUGGAUUGAUAACGUCAGUUGAAAAUGCAUUUAAGCAUGUGGAAGCAUGUAUGAGAGGUAUGAAAUAUCGUAGCCUGUCAAAUAUUCGAACGUUAUUUAGAGGUGCUAUGACAAGGAAAUUAAGUGAAAUAAAAUUUGACGUACGAUGAUAGUGCAGAAUACGCGUUAAUUAUGCGCUUUAAAUUUGUAAAAACGUUGUUAGUGCUUGCACUAUUAGGUAAUAUCAUAGUAUGGUACAGAAUAUGGAGGUUAUUUACAACACAAAACACAUUGCGGUUGUUGACACCGAGCAUGGUAACACCUGAUCCUCCGCAAAAAUUUCAUCGUCGAUUAGCUCGAUUGGUAACUGUGGUUAUACGACAGUUUGAAACCUUUGAGAACGAUGUGACUUCCACUGUAGAGUCUGUAUUAGAAUUCUUUCCUACUAUACCAAUUUUAAUAAUAUGUAAUGAAUUACCGUAUCCUCCUUUGGGACUGGAUUUCGCCAAUGACAGUAUGCAAAAUGUUAAACUAAUAAACCUGCAACCAGAGUUUAACACAUCAAAUGACGAGAGAAAUCCACUUUUCUAUGUGCGUACUAAGUAUGUUUUAUUUUUACCUGAUGCAAGUCGACUCUCCACCAAAGAAAUCAUGCAAGAGAUUAUGUCACAUGUAGCAAAGUUAGGGAUAGUAAUUGUACCAGUUGGAGGAGUAAGUUUGAGUUGUGUUGGUAUAGAUUUAAAAGUAAGAGAAUGGAGUCUCAAGUUUACACAAAUUAAGGGCACCAAGUGUGAUGGUGUGAAUGGAAAGCAUGCUACAAUGCUUGAAACAAAGUUAUUAAGGAAAUUGACUGAUCCUUUCCUCUUACCUUUCACGGAUGCAUUAUACAUUCAAACAACAGCAAUAGGUGCAAAGAUUCACAUCCUAACAAAUUAUCAAUUCAAUGAAGGAAGAUCACUAUAUAGAAAUCAACAAUCUCAGUGGAAAGUACAACAACUGCAUCUAUAUCGCGAGAGACUAAUGUUUGAGAGUUUGGGAAUUAAAAAGGUCAUACGAGAUUCUAAUUCCAUAGAAUGGUAUGGUUGUUCAAGGGAAAGUAGUAGGUGUUUUGGAUCAGUUGUAAAUGGUGUUCCAUCAUAUAUUUAUCAAAAACGAUAUACACCACCUUGUUGCCUCUCAGGAUUAAGAAAAGUUGCUCAUCAUGUGUUUGAUAAAUUAGAAGAAGUUGGUAUCAGAUUUUGGUUAGAAGGAGAAUCUUUACUUGGUGCUAUGAGAAACGGUGAUAUUUUACCAUGGGAUCAUGAAGUACAAAUAGGAGUAAAUCGCGAUGAUCUUGAACGAUCACCAUGGAUAAUUAAAGCCAUGAAUAAGCCCAUUGAGGAUAAUCAUGGUUUUGUCUGGGUAAAGGCAACAGAGGGAGAAUUUUUUCAAGUACAGUAUUCAAAGAUAAAUCAUUUAAAUGUAAACAUACUUCCAUUUUAUGCGAGAAACGGUUCUAUGGUUAAAGACACAUGGUUUUUAAAUCAUAAAGAUUUCCCAGAACAAUUUCUUCAUCCAAUGUCGAGUAUUGAAUUCGCCGGUAGACAAGUGCCAUGUCCAAACAAUAUUAGGGAUUUUUUAGAAUUGAAGUAUUUUAAAGGUGUGAUAGAAAAUCCAGAUAUCCCAGGAAAAAUUUCUUUCUAGGUUUUAUAUUUAUUGAAAUUUAAUCUUAUAGUAAAUGAUAUACGCAACUAGAAAUACAGAACGAUUCUUUAUUAAUAUGCAAUUGAAAUUAUAUAAGCAGGUAUCUACAAGUAUAAUAAGAUUUUACAAUUUUUUCUUACCACUUUAAAUAUCCGAAUUAAUAUCUUCUACUAAGAAAUUAAAUUAGGACUGCAUUAUAGUGUUUUCAAAUGAAAAAUAUUAUUUUCCGAUAUUUUAUAAAAGUUGAUGCAAUUGUAUCAUAAAGUAAGAAUUAUUAUUAAUUUUGACUAGGUUUCGAGUAUAAGAAUAAAAGGAAGCGGUUCUAUGUAGAUGUUAUAUAUUUUCCCAGAUUUUUAAUAACUAUGUAGGUGUUAACUUAAAUUUUUUAUUUAAAUACAUAUUUUUUCUUGACAUAAAGAUUAAUUUAUCUUCAAUUUUAUUAAUAAUAAAUUGUCAGAUAUUGUCUGAAGUUCCUAAAAAAACUUAUAUUAUUUGAAACAUAACAUUGGAACUUGUUAUUUUCCAAGUUUCAAGAAAAAUAUAUUUUGAAAUAUAGUAUUCUAUUUACAAUUUUUUGCAGAUGGGUCUUUUGGUAUUACUAAUUAUAAUAUAAAAAAGUUAUUCACGUUAAUUUUACUUUAUAAAACGAAUUGAUGUGCCAAAGAUAUAAAAAUUAUUUACAUUAUAAUUUUUUUUUUAUUUUUUAUAUUUUUAUAUGUUAUUUAAUUAAACCAGUUGUAUAAAUUAUUUUCUAUAUUUAAUUAAUAUUGUUUUACAUGAUACUGAUCAGUAUCAGUAAGUACUGAUGUACAAGAUCAUUUUUUAUUUUAUUUAUUUUAUUAUACAUCAUACUUUUAAUAUUUAUAUAUAUAAAUUAUACCUCUUGAUGAUUAAUAUAACUGUGAUAUAUUAUUCCGUUAUACAAAUGCUUUUCUUUUAAAAAGUAUUUAAUUUAAACAUAUCUAAAUUGAAUAUCAAACAAUUUUAUAUUUACAAUUGGAUUAUAGUCGAUUUUGUAUAAGGUAUAAAUAAUAUUUGUGUAUUUGUAAUUUAAAUUACUGUGUAAUGUUAGUUCUGAAUAUUUUGAAAAGAGGUAACAGACACUGUGAUAAUCAGUGCUGACUAUAUUCGAGAUAUCAGAAAAUAAAAUUUGCAUGAUGAUAAUAUUUUAUAUUAAGUUUAUAUAAAAUAUUUAUGUCACUUAAUCAAGACUUUUCUGCAUAUACAAAAAUCAUUUAUUUGUAAUACAGUACAGUUUCAUCUUUAACAUAUUUCUAUAAUGAAUUUUUAUUAUUAAAUAUAUAUUUCAUAUUUAUAUUAUAUAUUUAUUAUUAAUAUAUAUAUUAUCAUCUUUUUUUAAAUAUAUGUGAAAGAUUUAACUAUUCGUAUAUUAUUCAUGUUAGCCAUUUCUGAAAUCAGUAAAUUAUUCCCUAAAGACAUUUGAAAGUAGUGUUUUAUUAUACAGCUAUGUCAGUACUGUUAUAUGCAUGGAAUUGCAAGAACAUUAAUAUAAAUAAUUCUAUUUACGAAGCGGUAUAUUAAAGUAGUUUCAUAAUCGUUACGAAUUGCUUCUAGUCUAGGACACACAUGUUGUAGCAAGUCUAGAUACUAACUUCAAAUUUGUAAAUUAUAGGAAUAUUUUUAAUGUAUUCUAAAUUUAGUGCCAAUUUGUUUAUAAAGAUAUAGAUAUUAAUAUGUAUUUUCUGUUAUAGCAAAUGUUAAUAAAAUGUUGAUGUUUACAAAAAGAAAA